GGGCCAUCUUCUUUACUGUAUUGCACAAGCUGAUGCAAGUAGAUCUCGCUGCUUGCUGGAGCAGACUUUUGGCGGACCAAGGCUAUCCCUGAGAAAGGCAUACCGUCAAUAAAAACGACAGAUGGACCUAACGGUGCUCGAGGAGAGUUCUUCACAAACGGCACACCAGCUGCGCUAUUCCCGUGUGGUAUUUCCAUGGCAUCGACAUGGAAUGUAGAUAUGAUGGAAGAGAUCGGGCGGCACCUGGGAGAGGAGACCAAAGCUCGCGGCGCAAACGUUCUUCUUGCACCCACAGUGUGCAUGCAUCGAUCACCACUUGGCGGACGGAACUUUGAGUCUUACUCCGAGGAUCCGUUUCUGACAGGAAAACUUGCUGCUUCAUAUGUUCGCGGUCUGCAGAGCAAAGGUAUUGCUGCGACUAUCAAGCACUUCGUUGGGAACGAGCAAGAAACCGAACGUAAGGCUUAUGAUGCCAUCAUCGCGGAACGACCACUUCGCGAGAUCUACCUCAAGCCAUUUGAGAUCACUGUCCGUGACGCUUCGCCAUGGGCUCUGAUGAGCUCAUACAACUUGGUCAACGGUAUCCAUGCCGAUGAAAGCGAACACACCAUCAAGGACAUCCUGCGAGGCGAGUGGGGAUGGAACGGAGCGAUCAUCUCCGACUGGACAGGCACAUACGCUACUGCACCAUCAAUAAAAGCCGGUGUCGACAUUGAGAUGCCCGGUCCCUCCAAGUGGCGGAAGUUCGAGCAGGUCGAAGAGGCCCUUGUAAAUGGUGAGCUGGAGCCGAAAGACAUUGAAGAGGCUGCUGCGCGAGUACUCUAUCUGGUAGACCGCACGAAAGGCCUGGGCAACAAGACGCCCGAAGAACCCGAACAGUCUAUCGACAAUGUUGAGACAAGGAACCUGAUUCUCCAAGCUGGAAUCGAGGGGUUGACAUUAUUGAAGAACGAGAACAACGUGUUGCCAAUCAGGAAUGCUAAGACAAUCGCACUCAUCGGACCAAAUGUCAAGCGAUCGAUCGCGAGCGGUGGCGGCAGCGCAGGUCUCAACCCUUAUUACCGAUCAAGUCCAUGGGACGGGAUGCGCAACCGUUUCGAUGGUGAGCUCACCUUUGCCCAGGGAUGCGAUAGCUCAAAGUGGCUACCGCUCGCGACGCCAUACUGCACGGCUCCAGAUGGCCAGCAAGGCGUGCGACUUGAGUACUACCGCGGAGACAGGUUCAAGGGCGAGCCAGCCGUAGUCCAACACAAAGUCAGCACAGAUCUCUGGUUGUGGGACUCCGCACCUAUGGAACUCCUCCCCGCAUUCUCUUUCAAGGUCAAAUCGAUUCUUACCCCGAAGACAACCGGCAAUCACAGCUUCAGCUUCGCCUCUGUCGGGCCUGGACGCAUGUAUCUCGACGGCCAGCUCUUCAUCGACAAUUGGGACUGGAUCGAAGAGGGCGAAGCCAUGUUCUCCGCGUCUCAAGACGUCCUCAAAUCCAUCCAUCUUACCGCCAACAAACCCGUUGAAAUCCGAAUUGAAUCGACCAGCGAAGUUCGUCCUGCGAGCAAAGUAUCCAUCAUCGGCCGCCGCCACGACUACGGUGGUUGCCGCAUUGGCUACCAGGAAGAAGAUGGCAUCAAUCGCCUCGCGGAAGCCGCUUCCACCGCCGCAGCCGCCGACGUUGCUGUGCUCGUCGUCGGACUCGACGCAGAAUGGGAAUCGGAAGGCUACGACCGCCAGACCAUGGACCUCCCCAAAGGCGGCUCCCAGGACGCCCUCAUCGAAGCCGUCCUCGCCGCCAACCCGCGCACCAUUGUCGUAAACCAGUCCGGGACACCCAUCAGCAUGCCGUGGGUGCACCGCGCGCCCGCGAUCCUACAGGCGUGGUACCAAGGCCAGGAAGCCGGAAACGCGCUCGCAGACGUGCUGCUGGGCAAUGCGUCCCCCAGUGGGAAACUGCCGACUACCUUCCCCGUGCGUAUCGAGGACAACCCCGCGUUCCACAACUGGCCGGGUGAGAACCUGAAGACCGUGUAUGGCGAGGGCAUAUACGUCGGAUACCGUCACUACGAACGCUCUCGCAUUGUGCCCUUGUUUCCCUUUGGCCACGGCCUCACAUACACCACCUUCUCAUACGCCGCGCCAACCCUGUCCAGCACUGUGCUCACCGAGACGGGUCACGUCACUCUAACUGUCAAGGUCACAAACACAGGCACAGCGCCAGCAGCAGAGAUUGUGCAAGCGUACAUCCGCGACCCCAAAUCCGCGCUGCCGCGGCCGGAGAAGGAACUCCAGGCCUUUAGCAAAGUGAUCCUCCAGCCCGGCGAAACCAAGGCGGUGCAUAUGAAGCUGGACAAGUACUCGGUCGGAUACUUUGACACGAGUCUGGGGCUGGCCGGCGCGUGGAUCGCCGAGGAGGGCGCGUUCGAGGUCCUGGUUGGCGCGAGCAGUACUGAUAUCCGGUGAGUUAUGUCCCCGCUGCAUGGUCAAGGAGAGAGAGAGAGAGAGAGAGAGGGAGUCAGCUAA